AUGUCGACUGAACUCAGGCUGAAUGUUACUGUGAAUCCUGAUGUCAAGGAAUCAGAUUUCAACUCCUCACUUCAGUAUUCUCCACUUGGUGGGAAAGUGAAUCUGGUUCACAGGCUCAUUGGUGGUUUCCUUCCACGAGGGAAGCAUCUAGGCGGCAAUAUAUUAUCAGCUACAGAAUACGGAGGAACAAAUGAAAGAUCUAGAGCCAAUCGGGUCAUGUCUGAGAACGAUGAAAUCAGUCUUGACCCAGGUGAUAAGAGGGCACAUGAACUUAAAGCUAGAUCUGGACCGUUAAUCUCUGGAGCUGCAUACUGUCUCUCUUCUUGCAGCAUGAUUUUGCUUAACAAAGUUGUCCUUUCCAGUUAUUCUUUCAAUGCCGGAAUAUCAUUGAUGUUUUAUCAGAAUCUCAUCAGUACUAUCAUAGUUAUCAUUUUGGGCUUUUCUGGAGUAGUUUCACUGGAAAAGCUUAACUGGAAACUUAUUAAAGUCUGGAUACCCGUCAAUCUGAUAUUCGUAGCCAUGCUUGUUUCAGGCAUGUAUAGUUUAAAGCACAUAAACAUUGCAAUGGUCACAAUCUUGAAGAACGUGACCAACAUAUUAACAGCAGUUGGUGAACUAUAUAUAUUUCGUAAGCGACAGAAUCAGAAAGUGUGGACCGCAAUGUUCUUUAUGAUUGUCUCUGCUGUAACAAGCGGUAUCACAGACCUGUCGUUUGAUGCAACGGGUUACACAUGGCAACUAGUGAAUUGCAUUCUUACUGCAAGCUACUCACUUACCCUACGGAGAGUCAUGGACACAGCAAAGGCCAUGACAAAAUCUGGAUCUCUAAAUGAAGUUUCAAUGGUGUUGCUGAAUAAUCUCUUAUCAUUACCAUUUGGCGCUUUCUUAAUUAUUUUAUUCAACGAAUGGACUUAUGUAGCCAAUGCGGAUGUAAUCAAGAUUCCCAUGUUUUGGGUUGUGGCAACUGCCAGCGGGCUUCUCGGACUUGCCAUUAGCUUUACUUCCAUGUGGUUCUUAAACCAAACCGGUCCUACCACUUACAGUUUGGUGGGCUCGUUAAACAAGAUCCCCAUCUCCAUUGCUGGUUUAGUGUUGUUCAAUGUUCCACUUAGCCUGCCAAAUCUUUUCAGCAUACUAUUUGGUUUAUUUGCUGGUAUAUUAUUUGCAAAGGCCAAAAUGUCAUAA